GGCAACCCGCGUGCGUCCAUGGAGGCGGCGGCGGAGGCGGCAGCGCGGCCCUGAGCGGGCCGGACCGGACCGGGGAGGGGUCCAGGCAGCCAUGGCCAGGGUUCUGACCCGCAUCGGGGACCAGCUGGUUCUGGAAGACAACGAUGAUGAGACCUAUAUCCCCAGUGAGCAAGAAAUCCAGGAUUUUGCACGGGAGAUUGGGAUUGACCCCGAGAAGGAGCCGGAGCUGAUCUGGUUGGCCAGGGAAGGCAUCGUGGCUCCACUGCCACCCAACUGGAGGGCCUGCCAGGAUAUCACUGGUGACAUCUACUACUUCAACUUUGCCAAUGGGCAGUCCACCUGGGACCAUCCCUGUGAUGAGCACUACAAGCAGCUGGUUGUCCAGGAACGAGAGAAGCUGCUGGCACGUGGCAGCCUGAAAAAGAAAGAGAAGAAGAAGAAGAAAGAGAAAAAAGAGAAGAAGCAGCAGCAGCAGCUGCUGCAGCAACUCACUCCCCCCAGCUCGCUGCUGGCACCCAUCCCCGUGGCCCUGGGGACCUUGGCUCCUCUGCGUGGCUUGGUGGCAUCUCCAUCCAGUGUCCUGCGUGGGCCCCUGCCCUGGGCAGGGGGUGGCAGCCUCAGGGCAGGGACACAGCCCACAGAGAGCUGCCAGCCCAGCAGCCAGCCCAAGAAGUUGCUGGGUUUGGUCUGUGAAGAGGAAAGUCCUGUGAGCACAGCAGCUCUGGAUGAGGGCAGGAAGGAGGAGAGUGAGAAGGAGGGUCUGCACAGGGCAGCAAGACUGUUCAAAAACCUGCACAUGGAUCUCAGUGCCCUGGGAGGCAGCUUUGACUCUGAGCUUUCCAAGGCAUCUGAGAUCAGUGAUUAUGGGAAGGACUUGCAAGCCUCGAAGCUCUCAGAGCCUGAGCUGGACCAGCCUCUGGAGCUGGGGCUGCAGCUGGACGUGGGGCUUCUCUCUCCUGCUUUGGACAGCCCCACGGGCAAGGCCCAGGAGCUGGGAGAAGAGGAAAAAGACCAAAGCAAAGCCAGUGUAGAGGAAGAGCAAAGCAAAAGAACAAAAGCUGCUGAGAGGCAAGCUGGGAAGGAAGUGGAGCACCAGCAGUCCUUGAACCAUCCCAGUGAGGAAUCCCUGGAGAACAUAGCUGCGGAGGUGGAGGCCGAGCUUGAGAGAGAGAAGAUGCGUUUAUUGCACAAAAAAGAGGAGAAAAUUCAGCAAUUCCAGGAGGAGAUGAGGCAGCAGGAGGAGGAGGAAGCUGAGAAGCUUUAUCAGCAAAAAGAAAAAUCCCUCAGGAGUCUAAAGGAAGAUCUGGCGAAAGUCUCUGAGGAGGAGGAGUUGCGUGUCAGAAAGGAGGAAAGUGAGAGACUCUCAGAGCUGCUAGCCAAGAUCACCUCAGAGACCCAGGCAGAGAUGGAGAAGAUAAGGGCAGAGCAAGAGGCCACGCUGCAAAAACUGAGGGAGGAGUGGGAAUCCCAGCGGGUGAUGGAGCAGGAGAGCCUGGAGAAGCAGCAGCAGCUUGCUUUGGAGAAAAUGAAGCUGGAAAUGAAGGAAUCUCAGCAGAAGGAGUUGACUGAGCUGGAACAAGAGAAGGAACGAUUCCUGAGUGAGCUCAAGGAGAGAUUAGACAGGGAAAAGGAAGAGGCAGUAAAAGAGCUGGAGAAGCAGUUUGCAACUGAACUCCAGGAGCUGAAAUCCGCAGCAGAAGAGAAGCAUCACAAGGUCAUUUCCAGCCUGCAAACCCAGAUAGCAGAGGCACAGAGGAGUGAGGAAGCUCGGCUGCGUGACGACUUGCAGAGAGCAGAGCAGAAAGUGCAGCAAAAGGUCUACCAGGUCACAGAGUAUGAGCAUGAGCUCAGCGAGCUGAUGAGGGACAAACGCCGGGAGGUGGAAAAAGACCAUGAAAGUAAAAUGGAGAGGAUGAAAGAGGAGCACCAGGAGGUCCUAGCACGGAUUCGGGAUCAGUACGAGGAGGAGGAGAGGCAGCAGAGGUCAGAGCUGCUGGAGGGGCUGUGCAGGGAGCUGGGGAAGCUCCGUCAGCGGCACGAGCAGGAGCUGCAGGCUCUGCAGGCAGAGCUGGACCAGCGGCUCAGUGCCCUGCAGCACCGGCACAGGGAGAAGGAAAGAAAACUGCGGGAUUCAGAAAACGAGCUUGAAAUCCGCUCAAAGAACGUCCAGGCCAGGGCAGCACAGCUCCUCAGGCAGGAGGAGUCUCUGAGGCAGAAGAGGCAGCAGCUGCUGGAGGAGGACAGACGGACUGAGCUGGAAAGAGACGAAGCUGCGUUAGCUUCUCAGGUCCGCCUGGAGGAGAACAGGAAGGAGCAUGCCAGCCUCCUGGAGUCCAUCCGACAGCUGCGGAGGUCUCUUGAAGAGCUCCAGGACCAGAAGGCUGAGCUGGAGGCCCAGGUGGAAUUAUUGCAGACCCGAAGCCAGAGGCUGCAGAAACGCAUCAGUGAGCAGGAGGCAGCUGUCAGGAGCAGGCAGGAGGCUUUGAAAGAAUUGGAGGCAGAAGAAAGUGUGGAAUCUCCGAGAAGGAAAACUGAGCUCCACAUUGAAGACCUGAAUGAAACUCCUGAAGCCCACUCAUCCCAAGAGCCCAGUUCCCUGCCUGCUCCAGUCCAGGAGGACAGCAAGCUGCAGGCUGAUCAGGUCAGGAGCUUCAUCUCUGCUGAAGGGAUCUCCCUGAGGAAUGCCAAGGAGUUCCUGGCACGCCAGACCCGCUCCCUGAGGAAGAGGAAGGCGGUGCUGAAAUCUGCAGAGCAGCAGUGGCACCAGGACAUGAAGAAAGCAGAGGAGGUGGUGCAGGACCCUGACAGCUCCCAGCUCCUGGAGGGUGUGCGCAAGAACCUGGAAGAGGAAGCCAAGCAGUUGGACAAGAUGAAGUCAGCUAUGCGGAAAGGACAUGUGCUGCUGAAGAAGAAAGAAGAGAAGCUCAGCCAGCUGGAGUCCUCACUACUGGAGGAGCUUUCAGAUGAAGAUUCCCUGAAGAGUGCUGCCUUCAGGAAGGUGGUGACUUUUGAUCUCAGCAGCUCCGAGGACACAAACAGCACCUCCAGUCUAAAUCUCCAUCUGCCUAAAUUCGAUUUGAGAGCUGAUCUACAGCCUGUCCCACAGCCAGACAAGGUCCAGUCCUUGAAAGGCUCUCUGCAGCGGAUCACCAGUGAGCUGAACGGGGUCCUUGGCAUCCUGGACUCUCUCAGCAGUCACCAAUCUCCACUCUUCACCUCGAUGCCCUGCAGUGGUGUCCCUCUCUCCACCUAUGCCUCCCUGGCAGGGCUGGGGGCAGGCAGCACCCCACCUGCUCCCACUGGGGUGUCCCUGUUGGAGCCGUGGGCCAGGAGCAGUGGGCUGAGCUCCAGCCACCCUCUGGCAGCAGGACAGUCUGUGGACAGCAUCCUGGCUGAGAAAUGGCGCAAGUAUUUCCCCAGUGGGCUCCCAUCGUUCAGUGGAAGCUCCAAGCCUCUGGACAGCAAACUGGGAUACGUACCUGCAAGUGAACAAGUGAGGCUGUUCCAGCACACCCCGUUCCACAGCCGUGACUCAGACAAGAUGAAUAUUCAAGGAAUGAUUGAGACCAACAAGAAAUGGCUAGAAGACUUCAAGAGGGAUUCACAAGUACCUCUCUUCCCAGGUCCAGAGAAGCCCCCAGCCCGCAGCUCCAGCCUGCUUCAGCUAGGAUUGGAUGAAAAUAGACAAAUUAAAGUCUAUCAUUACUAAAAGAAGUCUGUGUUGCAAGGGCUCCCAUCUGUGAGAAGGCAGCUUCAAAGCCGCUCUCUCUGGAGAGGGAUGGUGCUGGUGGAGCUGCUGGUUCUCCUGCUGUUGGUGUUCCUGGCUGGGGCUGAUGGGGUGCAGCAGAGCAGAGCUGAGCAGAGCUGAGCCUCCUCCCACUCUGCUGCUCGGGGGUUGCAUGCUGGCACAGCACUGGGGAAUGUUUACAUGGAAAUAUAACUAUAUUUUUUGAUGAAUGUAAUUUAAAAACUCAUUAAGAAUGUCUUGUAUGUAUUUUUUUGGCUGAUUUUCAU